UUUUGUCUUACAUUUGGGAAAACUCAGACCCACAUCAGGUCCACAGGUUGUAAGUGGACGGAUACUGUUGAGUGCCUACUCUGCUGAGCCCAUGGCGGGUGCUGGACAAAACGGUAUGGACCAUGUAGAACUUCUUCUAUGGAAGUUCUGCUUCAACAGUAGGGAGUAAACAAACACGUUCAAGAACUGAUAAAGCAUUUCAGAUGUCACCUGAGAGAAGAAGCUCAGAGGUUGGUGCCAGAAUACCAGGCAGAAGAGAGCAGCAAGAACUUGGUCUCCUGGAAGAGCAGAGAGAAAGUCGACAUGGCUAGAAGACCGGAAGGGAGUGGCCAUGUACCAAGGAGACCCCAGUAGAACUAUACAGGGAGGGCAGGGACAGAGCCUUCAUUCAUUCAGUGAUACUGUGUGCCCAGGAUGUGAUAGCCAUGCUAUCAAGGGAGCAGAACAGUUUUCCCUCACCAAUUGUUCUUGGAAUUGGACAGAUGGCCACCACCAUAAUCAUACUGUAUGUGUCUAAGCUAAAUAAAAUAAUCCACUUCCCUGAUUUUGACAAGAAAAUUCCUGGAAAGGUGUUCCCUCUGCCUCUUCUCUAUGUUGGAAACCACAUAAGUGGCUUAUCAAGCACAAGUAAAUUAAGCUUGCCGAUGUUCACCGUGCUCAGGAAAUUUACGAUUCCACUUACUUUAUUCCUGGAGGCCAUCAUACUUGGGAAACAGUAUUCAUUGAACAUCAUCCUCAGCGUCUUGGCCAUCGUUCUUGGGGCUUUCAUAGCAGCUGGCUCUGACCUCACAUUCAACUUGGAAGGCUACAUUUUUGUAUUCUUGAACGAUAUCUUCACAGCAGCAAAUGGAGUUUAUACCAAACAGAAAAUGGACCCAAAGGAACUGGGGAAAUACGGAGUCCUUUUCUACAAUGCCUGCUUCAUGCUCAUCCCAACUGUCAUUAUUAGCGUCUCUACUGGAGACUUUCAGCAGGCCACUGAAUUCAGCCACUGGAAGAAUGUCUUAUUUAUCCUACAGUUUCUUCUAUCCUGUAUUUUGGGGUUUCUGCUGAUGUACUCCACAGCUCUUUGCAGUUAUUACAACUCAGCUCUGACCACGGCGGUGGUUGGAGCGAUCAAGAAUGUAUCGGUUGCCUACAUUGGGAUGUUGGUUGGUGGAGACUACAUUUUCUCCCUCUUAAACUUUAUAGGGUUAAAUAUUUGCAUGGCGGGUGGUUUAAGAUACUCCUUUUUAACACUAAGCAGCCAGUUGAAACCUAAACAACCUGUGGAUGAAGAAAGCAUCCCUCUGGAUCUGAAGAGCUAGGCUGAAGACAGAGUUGCAGGCCUAGUCUGGAAAGAGCAGCCCCAGCAGGAGUGGGCAGCACAGAGGUCCCACCCAUGGUGGAGUCACCUAUUUGGUCAGAGCACAAAAAGGAAUGUCUUUGAAAUACAAGGAAAGCUACCUCACAUGUUACUGCACAACGAGCCACGAGGAACCCAGGACUCAAAGUACAGAACCUUCCCAACUAAGCAAAUUUGCUCAAAGUCAGCCACGGGGCCCUCACUGUGUGCUGAGUAAGAUGUUUCAAGGGUGACUUUGCUUAUCAGCACCGUGACCUUAAUUCUAAAGGUCUCAGCCAAUGAAAAGGAGGGAAAACUUUUUGUUGUUGAAACAUGUCUUUGUAAGAGUCGUUCAGUUUUGAUUUAUGCUACGUUGGUAUGGGUUUUUUUUCCCCAAGUCAUCUCAGUGAAAUAAAGUCAUUUCUAUAUAUGCCA